AGCCGAGGGCGUGAGAGCCGCGCCGGGUCCCGCGAGCGCCUCGUGGGCGCUCCCCUCAGCCUGGCGCAGCGAGACUACCCCAGGCACGACUACUAUCAGCACAAGCCCCAGGACUAUCCUAGUAAACUUCAAGAUUAUCCGAGCAAGGGGCAGGACUACCCAACCAAGCCCCAAGACUACCCAGGUAAACCCCAGGACUACCCCAGCAAACCUCAGGACUAUCCUGGCAAGCCGCAGGACUACCCAGGCAAACCUCAAGACUACCCGGGGAAGCCACAGGACUACCCGACCAAACCUCAGGACUACCCUGGCAAGCCCGGGGACUACCCGGCCAAGAAUGGCGUGAGCACGCCCGUGUACAAGGCGCAGAGCCGAGAGGUCGUCCCCGCGCAGCGCCAGCAGUCCCCGGGCGUCGCCCUGGGCAUGAUGAGCUCUCCGGGCGGAGGCGCCGCUCUGCGCGAGCGCGUGGCGUCGCCGCACCGUGUCACGUCGCCGCCAGUCAAGCUGCAGGAGCCGCAGCGCCUGGCCAGCCCGCCCGUCAAAAUGGCCGACGCGCGCGCGCAGCACGACUACGGAAAGGUCGACCUACCCAAGCUCGAGGGCUCACCCGCGGGCGGCGUGGGUGUGCCGCGCCUCAGCCCCGCGGGCCUCGGCAGCCACUUCGUGCAACAGUACCCGGAGCGCGACACGCCGGCCGCGUCGCAGAGCGGCGGCAGCAGCGCCGCCGUGUGGGAGGGCGGCUACCCCCUCACGCCCGAGAAGUACUCGGUGUCCGGCCCGCCCACCUCCACGUACUCACCGCUGCCGCUGUCUGCGCUGCACAUGCAGUCGUCGCCGUCGCACGGGCAGCGCGUGCAGCAUGACCCUCCCGAGAAGGUGCUCGACGCACUCGACCAGAAGAAGGACCUGAGUUACUCCUGCAGCAGCGGCAACAACAACAGCAGCAGCCCGGGCGCGGAGGACGCCGUCGAGGACAAGUACCGGGAGUACCCGGCGGAGAAGGACGAGGGCGGCGACCAGGAGGUACUGGUCGACGGCUGCGACCUGCAGAAGCUGGCCGAGGUGACCAGCAAGACGGCGCUCACCGUCCUGCCCGACGACGUCGACACCUACAAUGAGCUGAACAAGCACCACCUGAACGGGCACCUGAGCGCCCACCUGGACCACCUGGGCCGGCCUGCGGGCCAGCUGACCCCCGAGAGCACCGACUGCGGCUCCCUCAGCAAGAGCUCCUCCGACGGCGACCACAUGAUGAACCGCAAGCGGCCGCCGACCAAGCUGAAGUCGAAGCGGCGGAACAUCCUGUCGUUCCCGCACCAUCUCUCCGUGGACGAGCUGCGGGUCAUUCAGCGCCGCCAAGACUCGUACGGCGGCGGGUCGUCCUCGGACGAGAACAGGUCGUCCGGCCACGCCUCCAUGUCCGACGGCCACACCUCCUCCUCGCCGCCCAUCGACUCGCUGCCGCGCCACGACCACCUGAGGUCCAACCUGAAGGUGGUGCCCGAGGACGAGCGCCUCUCGGCGGCCGUGACCUCGGUGGCAGCGGGCUACAAGGGCGCGGGAUCCGGCAGGCGAGGUCAGCCCAGACCGCGCCACAGAGCCACGCCCUCCAAGGACGACCUGUCCCUCCCGCUGGAGAGCGCUAGCGGCCUGGAGGACAUCAAGCAGGCCAUAGAACAGCUGACGAUGCGUUCGCAGGGCUCGAGGACCAGCUACUCCACCUCGACGUACUCCUCGAUGUCGGGGUCGGAGGGCGAGCCCGUGCGCCGCCUCAUGCGCCACUCGUCCCUCGAGACCAUCAACACCAACGUCACCGCCGCCGACGAGUUCGUGUGGGUCGACUCGCACAACAGACUGGUGGAGCUGCAGCAGCUGCCGUGGAGCAACCACGACGUGCUGCGCGUGGUGCAGCAGGGCCGCGUGCGGGAGCAGCUGGACCGCGUGAGCAUGGAGGCCGUGCCCAGACUCUCGUACCUGCUGCAGAGGGCGCUGGUGCGCGUGGCUCGGGAGGCGCAGAGGCUCACCCGCCCCCUCGCCAUGUGCAGCAAACAGGAAGUAUCGUCCGCCCUCAAGAUCGUCCUCUCGCCCGCCCUCGCAGACUCCUGUAUCAAGGCGUGCUUGCGAGCCGCGGCCAUGUACACGGUGUGCGGCGACCAGCUGCGGCAGUCGAAGAGCGCGCGCGCGGGCCUCAACCUCUCGGUGGGUCGCUUCAUGAGGUGGAUGUGCGACGUCCGGAUCGGGAAGUUCAUCCAUGAAUACGCGGCCGUGUACCUGACCGCUGGCAUGGAGAACCUCCUGGAGGAGAUGGUGCUUCAGUGUCUCCCGGCGGAGGAGGACCACAUGCUCACCGCCAGCGUCUUGGAGCACGCCAUCGCCAACAACGGGGACCUGUGGGGCCUCCUGCAGCCCUACGCCCAUCUCAACGCCGGCAGAACCGCCACGGGCGCGCUAUGCCUCCCGCGGUGGGCCAGCACAGCCAGCAUCGAGGCGGCGUCCGUGAGCAGCGCGUCGACGGGCGGCAGCCGGUCCAGCGCCACCACGGGCUCCUCGGGGUCGUCGGGGGCGUCGGGAUCCUCCGUCCCGCCCUCGGCAGCCAACGACGGCGCAGGCGGCGGCAGCGGGGCCUCCGGCAGCAGCAGCGGCCCGCAGCCCUCGAGGUGUUCGUCGAGCGUGACCCUGACCCCCGAGGAACACUCGAGGAGCAGCAAGACCCUGGAGCAGUCCCUCCUGACGACGUGCGUGGGCUCCCUCGCCGAGCUGAGCGAGCUGCUGGGGCGCGUGGCUCCCCACCACCACCGGGCGGCCAACUCCUCCUCCCCGACCCGCGCUCAGGUGACCUGGGGACCGUCCGCGCUGCACGCCCUCUUCUACUUCAUGCGGUGCAGCCAGCUGGAGCACGCCGAGCACGCCUCCCGCGCCCCCAUCCAGGAGCUGGUGUACGAGCGCCCUUACAUCGUGCUGCCGCCCUUGCUGGAGUGGGUCCGCGUGGCCACCGCCCACACCGAGCACAGGCACUCCACCGUGGUCGACAAGGAUGACGUCAUGCAGGCAGCCCGCCUCCUCCUUCCCGGCGUCGACUGCCCCGUCAGGAUGAUCGGAUACGAAGAACUGAUGUGCCCGCGCCGCCAGCUGGACGAGAUGGAAUGCGCCAAGAAGUUCAAGGUGGACCUGGCCUUCAAGAUGCUCUCGUGCGGCCGCUAUGACCUGGUGCCGCACGCCCUCCAGCUGCUCCCAGCCACUAAGGUGAACACGGUGAACGAGUACGGGCUGACCCCGCUCAUGCUGGCCUGCAUUCGCGGCGACGAGCCCAUGGUCAACAUGCUCCUGGACGCCGGCGCUGACGUGGACGCCGAGACGCCCCCGACGGGCCCCGCCUACCUCAUGGCCAACCCAGAGACACAGCACUGGACGGCCCUCACCUACGCUGCGAUACAUGGCCACAUCAACCUGGCCAAGACGCUGCUCGAGAAGAACGCCAAUGUCGAGGGAGGCGCGAGGCUGGCCGAGGAGAAGUGCACGGAAACGCCGCUGCAGGUUGCAGCAGCCGCAGGGAACACCGAGAUGAUGGCGCUCCUGCUGUCCUACGGCGCCAACCCCUACCUGUCGACGCUCAUGAAGGACUCCCUGUGCUACUCCGGCGCCGCGCAACGAGGGUGCUAUGCUGCCAUCGCCGUCGCUGCGGCUCACGGCCAGAGGACGAUUCUUCAUAAGCUUCUGUCGCAGCCUCAGCACGCCUCAGCGCGGGAAGUCCUGUCCCUGGAGGAGAUCUUGGCUGAGGGCGCCAACGGGAACACCUCGGACCGAGACCGCCGACCUGGCCGUCAGAUGUGCAUCGUAGACGAUCCCUUCGGGAGAGGCAGCCUCGCCUCCUCGGCCUCGGACUCCUCGCAGGUCCUCAAGCUCACCAAGCAGCAGAUUAAAACCUUGCAGGAAGCCAUGUACCAUUCGGCGGAGUCCGGGCAUCUCGAAAUGACGCUGGACUUGCGAAAUCUGGGCGUGCCGUGGACGCUCCACUGCUGGAUGCACACGCUGGCCACCGCCCACGAACACCGCCUCGAGUCCAUCAUUGAUCAGCUGUUGCAAGACUUCCUGCAAGUCUGGCCGGACGACUACUCGGCCCAGUUCGUGGACGAGUGCUUGCCACUCCUCUUCACCAUCUUCAGAUAUAGCAAGAACGAAGGGACGUCUCUCCUGCUGGCGGACAUCUUCUCCUCCUGCUACGGCAAGGAGGCCAUCAAGGAGAUCCGCGACACGACCAUCUCGGGCGGCGCUCGCAUCGACCCCAAGUUCGUGAACAACCCCGAGCUGUCCGACGUCCAGUUCCGCGUGGAGGGGCGGGUGUUCUACGCUCACAAGAUCAUCCUGGUGAACGCGUCGUCGAGGUUCAAGCAGAUGCUGAGCUCCAAGUUCUGCGAAGGCAACCCUCCCAUCGUGCAGAUUCAUGACAUUAGAUAUGACAUUUUUGAGCUGGUGAUGCAGAGUCUCUACAAAGGAGGGUGCGAGAACCUAGAAGUGGAGGCCGGGGACGUGCUGGAACUCAUGGCCGCAGCGAACUUCUUCCAGCUGGACUCCCUUCUGCGAUACUGCGAGUCACGCUGCUCAAAGCUGGUUCAUUUGGAUAAUGUUGUGUCCAUGUACAUUCAUGCUAAGGUUUAUAACGCCGUCCAGUUGCUGGAGUACUGCCAGGGCUUCCUGCUGCAGAAUAUGGUCGCCUUGCUCACCUUCGACGACUCGGUGCGACGCCUAAUCUUUGGCAAGAAGCUGCACAACCACGACGUUCUAGCAGGUCUUCUGAUCACCCUGCAGGCGCGCAUCAAGGCCCGCUCGUCCCCAAGGGCAGGCAAGAAGUGAGAGGAGUGACGUUAUGGAAAUGGAGUCCUCGAAAAAAAUCAAUUGCUCAUUGUCUCCUGCGUGAGGGCCAUUCAGUCUGCAAGUUGCGGGUUACAAUGGCUCCUUUAGUAGGACGAAAGCAGGCAAAAAGUGAUGGUAUAGAUUGAAGUUAUAUCAUCAUGUUCUGAAGGCAAAUAAUCAUAAGAUAUCCAUAUUUUACUUUCGAUAAACAAAAGAAUUCCAUGGACUCAGAUCAUCUGCCUUCAGAUUAUGCUAACAAUCUGUGAUUAAUUCUUAAAAAGCUUUGUUCAGUAUUUACACUAACUAUACUGAGUAUAAAGUUUGCUACAAUACGAUGUACUAUAUUAUGAAAUCCAUGUGUUUUACUGGAGUCACCAGCCUUGUACAUAAACUAUAAUGGCAUAUCUGAUUGUCCAUAACAUAGCACUUUCGCAGUGCAUAGUUCAUAUAUGUAUAUAUACACUAAGUAGGAGUAUGUCCUUCUGUCACAAAGAGGGAGGUGACAGCGAAAGGCCAUUUAAUAAGAGUAUUUCAAAUAUAAGGAUGUAAAUUCGAUUAUGUACAGAAAUGGUUGCGGGUUUCAUGGCAUCCUCCCGGGGAUGUAGUUUUCAUGAUUAUAGAUUCUAGUUCGAGUGUAAACUAAAAGAGAACGCGCCAAAACCCAACCUCAGGUUGCAGAUCAGGAGUUGAUUUUUAGGAUUACAAAAUCAACUUUUUAGUGCUAAACAAGUUUUGCUGCUGCAAGAUUUUACAGAUCUUCACAGACAGUUGAGUGCCUAUCAGUGACCUGACAGACAGUCCAGUACCGUGGAUUUUGUGCCAAAACUUGUGCCAAUAAGUGUUUUCGUAAGUGCUGCUGAUAAGAUUUAGGAAGAAAUCCCGAAACAGAAAUGUAAAAGACGAACACUGCUGAAAAGGAAAGUGAUCUGUGAAACAUUUCUGAAACUGACCCAGUGUCCGAGUGAAAGGUCUGUCUGCUCAAAUAUCUCCUUAAUCACAGUAGUUUUGUUUGGUGUAUAAUGAGGCUGCAUUGGAAAGCACGCCUGGAGGAUAUAGAACAAAACUGACUGUUACUGGUGCUGCUUUGUACAUGAACUAAUUUUUCUGGGAUUUAGAACAUUGUUCCAUUCGACUUAGACGUAGUGGAAGUUUGGAACAAAAGUUAGCAGUGUUAUCCCAGAAGAAAAGGAAUACCAGUGACACACCAAUCAGGAAUAUUAAUUGUUAUGCUUUGUUAUUUUUUUUUUGUAAAUUUAUUGUGGACUUCUGUCAAUGUAUUAUUAUAUAUCGUACAUUUGUACUUUAUUUUGACAUAAGUAUGAAUGAGAUUUGUGUUUUUUCCACUACUUUUUUCUUUUAGAGGAAACAUAUUUAAUACAGAGCUAGAUAAAAUUUCAAACGUAUCGCCUGCAGUUCACUGAAUAUGCAGUUGCAAAUGAAAAAAAAAAUCCCUUAGCUGUGUGAUUAUUAUUGGUUUCAGAAAUUUGAUAACACAAUAUAUAUAAGAGAGAGAGAGAGAGAGAGAGAGAGAGAGAGAGAGAGAGAGAGAGAGAGAGAGAGAGAGAGAGAGAGAGAGAGAGAGAGAGAGAGAGAGAGAAGAAU